UGUCCGGGCGCUCGGGCUCCGGCGGUCUGGCGUCUGAGAGCCGCACCUCCGCCCGAGCCCGCGGCGAACCUCUUGAGAUCCAGGCACAGAAGUCUCAGUGUUGCUGUGAAAAGCAGGCUGGUCACACUCCAUUACAGUCUUCCCUCUCUCUGCAGUUUUGCCCACCUCCUUGGGGCAAGCUAAGAGAUCCAAUGAUGGCUGUCAAGCAGCUCCUUCCUGCUGGGCCCCAGGUCUUAGUUUCCUUUGAGGACGUGGCUGUGUUCCUCUCCCAGGAGGAGUGGGGCUGUCUGGGCCCUGCUCAGAGGGGCCUCUACAGUAAUGUGAUGCUGGAGACCUACAGAAACCUGAUCUCACUGGGACUUCAAGAUUCCAAACCUGAUGUCAUCUCCAGGCUGGAGAAGGGGGAAGAGCCAUGGGCCCCAUACUCACCGAGAAUUGAGGAGGGCUGGAUCCGGAGUCACAGGAGUGAAAGUUUUGAGUCUCAGACGGGAAAGAAGGGAUUGACUCCAAAACAGGAAAUUUCCAAAGCAGUGGGAUCCCAGAGAGCAAAAUCAGAAGAACAUGUAAGGAAUAUUUCCAAAGAACCUGAUUUUCAAGAGAUGAGUAAAACUGAGGGAAAGUUAAAGAACUGCUGGAGAAAAUCUGUGGAGGAAAGACUUACGAAAUCCUUCUCCCAGAAGAACAAUUCCAGGCCAGUGACAUUGACAUGUAGGAAAACCCCUAUUGGAGGGGAAGGCCAGAAAUCCAGUUCUGUGGAGGUAAACUGCACUGCAGACCCAAACUCUUUUGGAUUUCAUAGAGCAUCUAGAGGGGAGAGUCUCCACCAGAAUGUGCCAUGUAUGGAUGACUUUCAACAAAGUCAGGACCUCAUUAAUCUCCAGUGUUUCCAUCUAGGAGAAAUAGCCUGUCAGACAGAUGUGUUUAUGAAAGUGCCCAGGCAGAGUUCAGUUCUUAGUGAGAAUCAGAGGGUUAACAAUCCAGAGAAAUCCUUUGAGCGUACUGAGUGUGGAAUACCUUUCAGCCUGAAUACAGCACUUUCUCGGCAUCAGAGAAGUCACGCUGGAGAGAAGCCCUGUGAGUGUAGUAGAUGUGGAAAAAUUUCCCGCCACUGCUCUGUCCUCAGCCAACAUCAGAGAGUUCACUGUGGAGAGAAGCCCCACACUUGUGCUGAGUGUGGCAAAUCUUUCAGGGCUCAUUCCUAUUUCAUUCAGCUCCAUAACACUUACACUGGAGAAAGACCUUAUGAAUGCAGUGAAUGUGGGAAACCUUUCAGUGCAUGUUCAUCUUACAGUCAACAUCUUAAAAUUCAUAUGGGGCAGAAACGUCAUGAGUGUAAUCAGUGUGGGAAAGCCUUUAGUAAUAGCUCUAACCUGAUUCAUCGUCAGAGAAUUCAUAUUGGAGAGAAACCAUACAAGUGUAAGGAAUGUGGGAAGGCUUUCAGUAGACACUCACACCUCUUUCAGCAUGAGAGAACUCAUUCUGGAGAGAAACCUUAUAACUGUACUGAGUGCGGCAAAGCCUUCAGUGCAGGAUUAUCUCUCAUUCAACAUCAGAGAACUCACACAGGAGAAAAACCCUAUGAAUGCAAUGAAUGUGGGAAAUCCUUUAGCCUGAACCGAACGCUUACUGUUCAUCAGAGAAUUCACACUGGAGAGAAACCUUAUAGGUGUAAUGAAUGCGGAAAAUCCUUCAGUCAGCACUCCCAAGUCAUUCAGCACAAGAGAAUUCAUACUGGAGAGAAGCCUUACAUUUGCAAUGAGUGUGGAAAAUCAUUCAGUGCUCGCCUGUCCCUCAUCCAGCAUCAGAGAAUUCACACCGGAGAAAAACCUUAUGGAUGCAGUGAGUGUGGGAAAACCUUCAGCCAAAAGGGACAUCUGAUUCAGCAUCAGCGAAUUCACACUGGAGAGAAACCCUAUGAGUGUAAUGAGUGUGGAAAAGCCUUCAGCCAGAGUUUUAAUCUUAUUCAUCAUCAAAGGACACACAGUGGUGAGAAGCCCUAUGAAUGUAAUGAGUGUGAUAAAGCUUUCAGUGUGCUCUCUUCCCUUGUUCAACAUCAGAGAGUCCAUAAUGGUGAGAAGCCCUAUGAGUGUCACAAAUGUGGGAAGGCCUUUAGCCAGGGCUCACACCUCAUUCAGCAUCAGAGGAGCCACACUGGAGAGAAACCCUAUGAGUGUAACAAGUGUGGGAAAACCUUUGGGCAGAUAUCCACCCUAAUUAAGCAUGAGAGAACACACAAUGGAGAGAAACCCUAUGAGUGUGGUGACUGUGGGAAAGCCUUCAGCCAGAGCGCACACCUCGUCCGCCAUCGAAGGAUUCACACUGGAGAGAAUCCCUACGAGUGCAGUGACUGUGGGAAGGCCUUCAACGUCCGCUCCUCUCUCGUCCAGCAUCACAGAACUCAUACGGGGGAGAAGCCUUAUGAAUGUGAGGAGUGUGGCAAGGCCUUCAGUCAGCAUUCACAAUUUAUGCAGCAUCAGAGGAUUCACACUGGAGAGAAACCCUACAUAUGCAAUGAAUGUGAGAAAGCCUUCAGUGCACGUUUAUCCCUUAUCCAACACAAGAGAAUUCACACAGGAGAGAAACCUUACAAAUGCACUGAAUGUGGAAAGUCCUUCAGACAAAGCUCUCACCUUAUUCGACAUCAGAGAGUUCACAGUGGAGAGCGACCUUAUGUGUGUAAUGAAUGUGGGAAAACUUUUAGUCAGAGAAUAACUCUUACCAGUCAUGAGAAAAUUCACACUGGAGCGCAAGCCUAUAAGUGUAUUAAAUGUGGGGCCCUCUUUAGUGCACAGGCAGCAUUCAUUCAGCACCAUAAAGUUCACAGUGGAGAAUAACUGCUUUAUUCGAUAAAGUCUUCACCGUUGUUACAUCAGGAGCAGUAUACUGAUGGGAAAGCCGUCGCUUUUACAACUUUCAUUUUGGAGAUUCAUCUCUAGUGAUUUAACAAUCUCCCAGUGCACUGUUAACUGAGGGCAGGCUGCCAAAUUAUGUGGUAAAAAUUCCAAGGUCACAUGCCUUUCCUGAUUCAGAGGGUGGCCCUGUACUUAAGUACUUGAAAUGAACACAAUUUAAUUACACUUAAGAUUGUGUUUUCAUAGCCCCAGACCUUAA